AUGAAGAAGAUCACCAUCCUGUCGCUCGGUAUGGUGGCCAUUGACGCUGUGCGUGCGGCUUCAGCAGCUCAGUAUGAGGCGGUUCCAGCUGUUGUUAUUCACCCGCUCGAAGCCAAAUGGGCCCUCCACGUGAACUCAGUCUCAGGAAACCCGCCCAUGUUCAAAGACCGUCCCAUUGUUGGCCUCACCGAGUGCACUAUCGACGGCGUGCCUCAGAACCACACUCCCCAGUCGACAAUCCACCUAGCACCUUCCUUCGGCCUUGAGAACUUCACAAUCCAUCCUCCGUCCGACCCCGUGAUCGUCUAUCUCUCAAAGUUCGGCGAUUCGGAAGGCUCCCGCUACAGCCUCGCUGGCGUUUAUCCAGACAGCACCAACUGGCUCGACAUCUACUUCGUCGCAGAGUACGUUCUCCCCGCGCCGAAUGACUUCAUCGUCAUGGGCUGGUCUACUAUCUUCGGGGAUCGCGAUUGUCCGCAAGGUCUUCGCUGCGACACACUGAGCUGGAUCAUCCAACAAGAGGGCGAGAAGAAGAUCCUAAGGCCAAGAGCUGAAGCGGGAGCUUGGGACGCGGUGAAGACGAAGGAAGGCCGUGGUUGGCGCGUUGUCUGGAAGGUGGACAAGGCUACUGUGCAUCAGGAGGUGGAGAUCUUAGUGGUGAGUGUCGACAGGUAA